UGACUUUUUCGCGCUGUAGAUCGGAGAGACCAAAAGAAAGAGAGAAAAAAAACGAGCUAGACAUUUGCGCGGAUUGUGCAUCGCAUUGAUAUCGUACGCAAGCACGACAGUGCUUUUGUUCGCGCUAUUUUUUCUGCAUUAAUCAGCGAGCGUGAUUUAUUUUUAAUUUGUUUUCAACAAUAUGUGAUUGAACCGUGAAUUUUGUGAACUUUGACAGACGGCAGUGAGUUUGAAUUGAAAUUGAACUUUAUUUUUUGAAAAGACUUUUUGCGAUUAAGAAUCGAAAAAUGUCGUUGACAAUGAAAGUGUUCCUGUUUUGUUUUGUAAUGAGCAGUAUAUGUCAUUGCGCGACAUCGCACCACCUGCGUCACCACAACAGUGCCGAGAUAGACUCUUACAAGAGGAGUCGAAACAACGUGUUCAAUGGCAACAACGAGUCCGAUCUCGAGACCAACAACAAGAUACCUUACAGCUACAAAAAGCUCAACACGAUGCUCAACAAAGCCAUACUGCAGAUCAUCCUCGGUGAACUUCGUCCGGCCGAUCUUCUCGUGUUGAGAGCUUUCAAUUACACUUUGGAUGACGUCAUGGCCAUAAGGGAGCACGAAUUUAAGAAAAAUAAAUACGAAGCCAGCAUUCGCCGAAGAUCGUCGGCAGCGCAUCAACAAAACAAAAAAAUUGACCACGACGUGCAAAGUGAUUUUGACAGCUAUAACAAACAAGCGGUCUUCGACUACGAGAACGCGGCCUCACAAGCACCCGUCAAAUUCGAUUACGACGACGUAAAGCUCGUGGCCGAGGACACCGCUCACCAAAGUUUUGACAAAGCUAUGGAGCCACAUGUGGUUUUUCGCAUAAAACCCGACGAUGCGGACUUUGACUCGUCCUCGUCCGACGAGAGAUCGGAAAUCGUGGGGCUGAAAGCCUACAGGACCAAGACGAUCGUUAAGAGCGACGACGAGGAAAAUUCUGCAAAAAGGCAUUCCUUUCAAUUGUCUAGUGCCAACGAUAAGCUUACUAUUGCUGAGAAUGAUUUAGAAGGACGUGCAUCAACCGAUUAUGAAAAUCGCGUACCCGGUGAUCAGGAUUACUACGCGCCUCAUGGAAAAUUCGACCAAUCGGCCAAUCGCGCCCAACAACGCUCCGACGAUUCAUUUGUCGUAAACGCUACCAAUGACGAAACGACGAGUGCUCAAAAAGGCGAGGAGUACGAAGGCCUCGAGUGGAUCGGUGGCGAUGUUUAUCGAGUCAAGCCCGACGCCAUGGAAACUCUACUGAAUUACGACGCCGAGCUCACCGAAACUACUUCCGAUUAUGAUGGCAAAGAUGAUGACGUUUGGAAGCAGAUGAAUGGCUACCCUACCGUGACUGAUAUAAUCAACGAUACAGACGAUUACCAAAGAGAUAUCGAAUCGACUGCUAAUGAAACUUUGGCAGAUAACCAGAAUCUUACCUCCUAUCAGCGAUUUGCAAUGGCUCAAAGACAAGACCAAGGACAGAAGGCUAUUGAAGACAUAAAAAUGCGCAUCCUCGCGCUGACUGGAAGGUUCAAUGCCACUGCGCCGCAGCCGAGCCAAGUGCAGAAAGAAAGACUAACCAUGUUCACACCGACUUGUCAAAUACCUCGCAAUACGGACGCGGAAGCUUGGACAGAUCCGUUGCACAUGAACAUGUACUUCCAGUUGAAUCUGACAUUGGCCGAGCAAGUGUUGGCCGCAAAAUUAAGACUGUUCAAGCUGCCUCAGGACAGUAGCAGUCGCAGCAUAAUUUCGACCAGCAGUAGCAGUACUUACGAAGAGGAGGAGGAGGAUGAGAAGAAAAUUAGAGUAUCGGUUUACUUCUACACGAAAUCGCUCAAGAAGCACCGAGCUAAAAAACGAUUAAUGGAUUCGGUCGUGGUCCCGCUGUCCUCACAGGGCAGCCAUUUAGCACUGGAUGUUAGGCAAGGAUUGCGUUUUUGGAAGCCGAGCGUACAGCACAAUCACUCGAACGGAGUAAAUCACGGCUUGGUUGUUCAGGUCGAGGAUCAAGAAGGAAGACCAUUGAAACCAUCUCUUUAUAUACAGCAACCCUCGUGCGAAGCCUCUGAUCAGGAUGAGAAGGCAUACCAAUUCAUCCCUGCCCUUUUCGUCAGAGCCUGUACUCGUUACAUUCGCAUCAUAAAUGGGACCGUCGAAAUGUAUUUAAAAUGCGGCUCAACCCAGAGACAUUAAAUUUUCUUCAGAAAUUGCUAAGCAAAAUCAUUGCUUGUUCUUUUGUGGAGAAACUAAAAGUAUUCUGUAGUCAGUUAAAAUGAAAAUUCGGACACAAAACCGAAUUAGCUUAGCUCUUACAUAUAACAUUUCAAAACUAUUAAGUACCGGAUGAACUGAAGCUGGAAUGAUUUGUAUUUUUCGAAUUCGCUGUUUAAUUUUAUAAAGUAUUUAUUCCAGAAUUUUUAGCAUGCGGUAAGUCACUUAAAUUGAAAAAGCCGAGCAGCACUUCGUCGACCCGGUUUAUUAUGUACCUUCAUAAGUUAUCACUAAAUGAGUAAUAGUACUCGCAUCAACGUUUGCAUAUCAGCUUUGGAUAAGUUCAGACCGUAAAUGAAAGUCAUUAGACGACUUGUACCGAUUAAUUAAAUCAUCGUUUUUACAUUGUUGUACAUAUCAUGAAUUCUUGUAAUUACUUAGUAGGGAUCUAAAACUGCUUUUUAAGAAUUAAUUCAUUUUCUUGUAAUAUAAAUUCACUUCAAUUCAUGUAUUUUAUAUUAUUUUAUAUUGGAAGCUCAAUGACUGAUGUAGCCAAAUGUAGAUAGUAAGAUACGUAUAAAACGUAACAAUCAUGAUACUCUACAAAUCUAACUUCCUAAGGCAUAGAAAUAUGCUAUGUUAGCAAAUUUUUGCUUACAAAAUAAUUAUUUAUCAUCUAAUGUAUGUGUAAGUUCCAUUUUACAUAAAAAGUGCUUGGGCGCAAAAUUGUAUAUAAUGUAAAUUUUAGACUUAUAGGUUGUAAGCAUUUGAAUAAGAAGCUGAUUCUAUUUUAGUUUGAUUUUUAAAUCGCAAUUAUAUAAUUUCACAACUUUUGAUUUAAUACUUCAUUUAUGCAGCUUAACAAUUUUUGAUACAAAAUAAAUGUAAUUAUGAUUUGCUUACAGAGCGCUACUUCGUCUCUUAUAUAUAAAUAAUUUAUCUGUUCAUACUUUUUAAAUAAAAUAAAUUUU